UGCUAAGUUUUAAUGGAUCCUCAAAGAACAGCUCUUUCAGAUUUGAUGAAGAUGAAUCUGCUAGCAACUGUGAAGCCGAAGAUAGUCUCAAGAUUUCCAAGAAAAGUUUUUCUCUCCCAAGAAAGAGCUCUCUUAAAACGAAGAAAUAUCAGAAAGCAUUCGCUUAUUCCUUCAAGCUCGGAGAUGCUCUCACAGAGUUCAUCGAUUCAGCAGAGUCUUCUGAUAAAAAAUCUAAAAAUAAGAAAGCGAAGAAGUCUAAAUUUACUUUAAAUCUUAAAUAAAGCAGAAAUCCAAGAUAACCUCUCUGAUAUUGAUGAAGAAUUUUGAAUAGAUGAAACAGCCAGGAAAGUGAUGGAAAUGUAUACCCGCCCACAGAUCUACGAUUACCCACCUAUUAAUUUCUCAGAUUAAGCAGGUUUGACUUGUGGAAAAAGCUAGCUUCAGAUAUUACAUCUCCAUUUACUGAUAAAGAAUAUUACAAGAAGUUUAUGAAAGCGCAACAAGAAAAAGAGAAGGAUUAUCUGAACAGGAACCUGCCUUAUGAAACCCCUUACAUUAAUUUCUCGAUGAGACAUGCAAUUAUUAAGAAAGGGAAAGAGUCUACUAAAUAUAAACCCAGAAGCAGGAUUCACAAAAUGUUAUCUGACCGUAAGAGAUCUGCAUUGGACCUGAAGUUUAUCCGAAACCAGACCUUUAAUCCGAUCGUUGACCAUAACAUUCAACUCCAAAAACCAGAAACAAUCACACUAAACAUCAACAACAAAGCUCAAUUCUCAGAAUCAGACACUGCCGACUACAAAAUUCUCACCCCUUCAUUCAAACAAGGCAUUAAAACCCUUCUGACCAUCUCCAGGAGCAUGAAGGACAUGAUAGAGCACACCAAAAAGAAAGCUUAUCCCCAAAAGACACUAACUCGGGACGUCAUCAUGAAACCUGUGCGUAGUAAGAACUUCAGCCAGCAGAUCAGCAUGAUCAAGUCAAGAACAAUUACGAAGAAGGCAACUGAAAAUCUUGAGAAGAGACUUUUAAGGAAUAUAUUGAUGCAUGAUAGGACUGGUGAAGGAUUUGUGAAGCGGCUUUUUAGCCCUGUGCUGAAGACUAAGGGGAAGGGAGUUAAGGAGGUAAGUGAGAAGGGAGAUGGGAGGAAUCUGGACCUGGAUUUGAGGUGAUGAGUGCAUAAGAGAAGUGAGAGUUAUGGGUCAGUGUCGAAAUCAGAGGUGUCUUGGGCACCUUCUCCACAAUAUACCCCAGAUAGUAAAAGAUCGUCCCUUGGAUUUAAGGAUAGCCCGAAAAAUAAAUUAAAACCGAAAAACAUUGAAAAAAAUAAUUCUAUCGGAUUUCGGAUUGACUCUUCGUGCAUGAAAAAAGUAGAAGCAUCAUCAGAAAAUACUAACAGAAAGGAAAUAGAUAAGAAAAAUAAACGCUUGUUGGCUAGCUCAGCUGAUUAUUCAAAUAUUCAGACCUACAAAAGGCAAAGACCUAAUCUGAAGCCAUAUGCACAUGGAGGUCCCAUUGUGCACAAUUCAAUUGAUGAUUGAAGGGCAACUAUUAGAACUACAAAGUGCAAAAAGAGAAUUAAAUAUUCAUCAAAAUGUGUCAAAACUACACAGAUUAAAAGUGUCAAGAAGAAGCGCAAACUCAAGAAAAUGAAAAACAUUUCAGACAAUAUAUUCGGAAGCUUAAAAUUAUUUAUAUCUAGUACAAAUGAGCCAAGGGAAUCGAUCAAGACUCGUACUCAACAGUUGUCUAAAGCUAGGAAAAAGAAGGUAUCAUGCAAGAGAAAAUUAUCAAUCGCCACAAGCUCCUUAGUAAAUACGAGAACGCGGGGAAAUUCCUACUACGGAGAUAGCUGUAGAAAUAGCACAAAAAAUAAGGUGAUCUCCUCCCCCUUAACAGCAGUUCAGUCUUCAUAUGUUAGCUCCUACUCGAUAAUAAGAGACUAA